AUGAAAAUCCAUUAUACUAAUAUAUUAUUGUUUCCUCUAAAAUUAAAUAUAUUGGUAAAUACCCACAAAAAACCACACACCACAGCACGUCAUACACAAAAAAUACCAACCACAAGGUCAUUAAGCGAAUGUGAAUUGUAUGCACCUGUCAACUAUUAUAGUGACCCACAAAUGAAAGAAGUGAUGGAUAAUUUCAAUAAACAGACACAACAAAGAUUUCAUGAAUAUGACGAAAGGAUGAAAACUACACGCCAAAAAUGUAAAGAUAAAUGUGAUAAGGAAAUCCAAAAAAUUAUUUUAAAAGAUAAAUUAGAAAAACAAAUGGAAGAACAAUUAACCACAUUAGAAACAAAGAUAGACACCGAUGAUAUACCUACAUGUAUUUGCGAAAAGUCGUUAGCAGAUAAAGUGGAAAAAGGAUGCUUGAGAUGUGGAAGUGUAUUGGGUGGUGGUGUGAUGCCUGGAUUUGGUGCGAUAGGAGGAACGGCUUUAUAUGCUUUAAACCAGUUGAAACCUGCGGUAUUUAAGGCCGCUAUUAAAGCAGCUCUAGAAGAAGGUGCUGCUGAAAUUUUGGCUGCCGCUAAUGCUGCGGGUAAUGCCAAAGGUAUGGAAAUAGUUAUACAUGGAUUAAAACUUUUUGGUGUAGAUAAAUUAUUUCCUGAAAUAUUUAAUCCCUUUGUUGCUAAAAACAUUUAUACUGAAAUCACAAAUCUUGCUAGUACUAUUAAUUCGAAAUAUAGUACGACCUGUACAUGGUUGAAAUCUGGUGCUACAGCUCAUCCUGCAUGCAAUGACUUUCAGCUUGGUUUAGGUAUACAUCUACCAAAUGGUAGUACAUUAGGUAUUCCACCAUAUACUGCUAUACGACAAGGGUUAAAAGGAAUUCUUCAAAAAGCUACACAAACUGCUGAUGCAGUUGCUGAUGCUAAAAGUGCUCAGGUUACUGCUGCAAUCACAAAAAACCAGACUGCCUUGUUAGAAGCUGGAUUUAACAGUUCCAUUACUUCUAUAUAUGCUUCGAUUAUUGCAAUUGUAGUUAUAGUUUUAAUUAUGGUAAUAAUAUAUUUGAUUUUACGUUAUCGACGAAAAAAAAAAAUGAAGAAAAAACUCCAAUAUAUAAAAUUAUUAGAAGAAUAG